ACAGUGACAGAGUUUUACGUACUGUCAAUCAGUCAGGGAAUCAAGUGCAGAUAGGUUGAAUCGAAUUUUUUGUUAUUUUAAUAUUUCUUAUUAGGUAGGUACUUAUUUAAAAGUUUGUUUAAAUUGAAAACACAUGGGAAGUGUAAUUGUAUAACAACUUAAAUACUGCAUUGUUUAUUUAGUAAGAAAAUGUAUAUCAGUACAUCAGGGUUGUGUACAGUUAUUUCUACAAAGAAUGUGUCUUGAGGAUAUCGCAAGCACCGGUCAAAGAUAGUUGCGUAUUAAUGAAAAGUUUAUAAGUUCCCAGAUAUGUAUCCCCUAGCAUUCCUAAUAUUAACUUUGGCGAAUGUGAACGCGGAGGUUAACACCAAAAACAGUGAUACAGAUGUGAACGAUCUAGCGGCGCGGCAAAACGCUUUGAAAAUAAAUAAAUGCUGUGAAGAAAAUGAGAUUAUGGUGGACACAUCGUGCAGAUUGUAUUCCAGAUACAAUCAGAGUGGAUGGGUACCAAACUUUAGAACUGAAGAUGGCAAAUCUGUAGACAUGAAGUUAUAUCUUUAUGCAAAAGGAAUUUCUCCCAAGACUGAACAUAAUGAAGACAUUACAUAUUAUGACUAUGUGAUUGGGUAUCCUGAUUGUGAAAGAACAGAAAUUAGACCAAUAUUUUAUUUGGGAAAAUCUGAAGAUGAGCUGAACUUACUGACAGAUGGACGAUUACGUCAUUUGAUUCAUCAUGAACAUAGCACUGAGAGCAUCAAAGAAGAUCCAUUUGUGUCUAAAAGCACAUUUAGUAUACAUGACACAAUUGUGAUACCAGAUGUCAAAGAACCUGCGUCUUACAUUCACAAGCAAAAUAAAUUCUGUAUGGACAAGAUAUACAUGGAAGCGACAAACAUGACUGGUGAAUAUGCUUUGGUAUGCAUACCUGAAGUUAAAAUAAACUGGAAAGAUACAGACUUCCUUAUGAAAAAGGUCAUUAACCCCCUAUUUCAUGCAUUAGCAAUGGUGUUGUUCCUUCUGGUGGCAAUAAUAUACUUUGUAUUGCCAACUUUGAGGGAUUUAGCUGGGAAUAUUAUCACGACAAUAAAUGUGUGUCUCAUAGUCAGCCAGGCCGCUGACCUUGUGAGGAUAUUCACUGAGUUCAGUAACCAUGUCAGUUUCAUGAUAACUGAUAUCAUCCUUUAUAUCAGUCUACUGGGUGCAUUCUUCUGGUUGAAUAGCUUUGGAUUCUACGUGUGGAAGACUUUCAAGUCAAGAAAUGUGUUUCUGAGAGUGACAGAUGUUCGUAAAUACUGCUACUAUUCAAGCGUAGUGUGGUCGAGUGUCGUAAUGAUGGCGGCGUUAGCGAUCUGCGCUCACUUCUUGCUGGACACAGGAACUAAUCCGAACAGAAAAAUGCGCACGCAAUUCUCAUCAUCCAUUUUAGUUGAUGAUAUUGAACAAGAGACCAUAGGUUGGCUUGGAAUCGCGAUAUUUUUCACACCAGUGGCAUUCACUAUAUUUUUCAAUAUAUUCUUUUACAUAACAACUCUCAAAGUUAUAAAAAGUAUAAAUAUAUAUGGAAGAAUACACCAUAAACUCAAAGGAUGCUUUGAUUUAUUCCUGCAAUUGUUUCUCAUAAUGACCACUGCUUGGCUGUUUCUACUAUUAUCGUGGCUAAACUUUGAUGGACUUAUAUACGCGCACAUUGUAGUCAACGCUCUACAAGGCAUACUCGUCUUUUAUGUGUGUGUGGUGCGACAGGCACAUGUCAUAUUCCUUCUAAGGAAGAGCUGUUGCUAUGCGGAGCCUGUACCCACAGGGGAGUGGGGGGAUGAAAUGACUCAGUACAUGUGAAGAGGUAUAUCCAAAGUUAGAUUUUAAGUUUUGAUAUCUCAACACUGCAUAAAAGACAACAAUUUAUAUGACGAAUUUGUGAAUGAAGUUUAAUAUUUAAGUAGAAAACAAGCAAAAUGCAAAAAUGCACUUAAGUCUGACAAAAAUAUGGGGCAUAUUGCACAACUACAUUAUAGGUAUUUAAUAUUUUACUAACCUAACAACUUGACAAUAGAAUAAUUGGACAGGAUAAAACUGUGAUGUUAAAUAAGGCCCUGUCAUAAGAAUAAAUGGGUGUCUCAACAAAUUAGAAUAGAAAAUCAUAGAGUAAAACGACUUCAGUUUCAUAUAGCUAUUAUUAAAAAAUACAUGUUGACCACAUCAAAUAGAUGUAUGUUUUGUGCACUAUGAAAUAAAUGUUUCCAGUGGAAAUACUAAUACAACCUCAUUUAAGAAUAUACUACAUACAUUAUGUUAUUUUAUGAGAUUUUAUUAUAAAUACAUAUACAUCCAAAUAAAUGUCACUAUUUAAAUAAUUUAGAUUAAUCUCAAAAUGUCCAAAAGCAACAGUUACAUUUUAUAUCGGUCAGAGAAAUAUGUUGAAUUUAACUUUAAUAUAUAGAAUGGAUGAGUCUUAACCGAGGACUAAAAAUAUUCAAUAAAACUAAUCGCGACGAACUAAAUUCGCGAUGUAACUGCUCACUAAAGAUACUUAACUAUUUUUAAGUGAAUUUUUGUUUCGAUGUGCCUAUUACCAAUUUAAUUGGAGAUUAAUAAUAACAUUAAUGAUAAAUAUAUGGCAUGAAUUUGGAUGACAAAUAAAUAUUGCUAAUAAAUGUAGCAAAUUAUGAUCUGCAUUCAUGAUCUGUUUUAAAUAUAACUAUUGUGAGGAGAAAUAAUUUUCAUUAAAUUUAAAUUAAAGUAUUCUAUAACGAUAAAAAAUAAAUAUUUGUUAAAAGACUUGGCAUGGCAGCUAAUGAGAAUAGGUUCUAUAUCAUUGUAUUUCACGUCACUUUCUAUAUUAGGGUUGUAAUAUUUAAAAUAUAAUAAGGGUUUUUAACUUUAGCACAAUAGAUAGAUUUAGCAACAUUUUAAACCUAAGAUAAAAUAAAAAUUAUGUACAAAUAUAUAAAAUGCCUUACCAUAUUAUAGCUCAUAUGCAUAUACAAGAAUUUUAUUGUAUUUCUAAGUUUUAUAAGACUGUAUGUAGCAUUAAAGUUUCUCGCCUUCAAUCCGUCCUUUUCUGUAUAGCAAAAUGAUGGAUAACUAACUUUUUAUUACAUCAAUGUAUUAUAAGCUCUCUUAUGAAACACAAACAUUUUUAUGUUAAAAUAAUCAAGCAUUUAAUUGGUAUUAAUGUUUCUAAUUCUGCCUUUAUUUUUUUAAUAAACAUUUAAAGAUCA